GGUCACCAUGGUGGGUCCUGCAACAGAUUGCUUGGCAAACCCACUCGGGUGCAUCCGCCAGCUGUUUGACAAAGCAGUGACCAAUGGAAUGACUCCACAGCAGCUGGGAUCAUCUGACUGGGGAGCAAAAGAGUUCUUCGCUGGCGAGAUUGCCAAGUUGGGAGGGGCGGAUAUGGUCCCGCUUUUGAACAGCACAUCUCUAGAUUUGCUGCCCUCUGGGACGCUUGUUCGUUUCCAAGGCAUGGUGCAAGAUAUGUUUGACCCAGAGUACUAUGUUGGCGCCUUCAAGGAGACCCCGAGCUCCACUUGGCACACGACAAAAUAUACUGACGUCUACGAUGUCCCAAUCGCGAGCGGUCCAGAUGCUCAGGUCUGGGAGAGAAAGUUGCUGUACUGUGUCCCGAUUCCUGGUCAAUCAGAUUGGAGUAGAGGCACUCGUCCGACCUCGCUCAACGGUCCAGGAGCGCACAGGGAGAAGCGCCCUCGAGAUGAUGAGGAAAUGUCAAUCGCGGAACCCAUGCUUGAAGAAGGAGAGGCUGGCCAGGAGUCGAUUGGGGAGCAGGCUAAGCGGCAGCGCGAAGCUUCCUCGUCGGGGAUGUCGAACAAUGAGACUGGUGGCUGUGGUCUGCUGGGGGAGGGCAUGAACCUCCCCCUCCCCUCCUUGCUGCUGCCGUGCCUGGUCAAGGUGUACGACGAUGCCGAUGCCGGCUUGAAGCUGAACGAUGUGGCAGAGUUCGUGGGUAUCCUCACCUUCGACCCCCAGCUGGCGGCAGCUGGCAGUGUGGGCAGAGGGGAGCCUGCGUCCGGCAUGCCGGGGGAGGGGGCUGCAGGGGACAGCCUGGACGAGGAGCUGCCCCCCAGCCUCCGGCUCUCCCCCAGCAAGGUGCCCCGCCUGCAGUGCAUCUACCUCCACAAGCUGCCCACCCUCGUGCCAGGCCUGCCACCGCCCGCGUCGCUGGCCCACGCAGCGGCCGCCCAGGAGCUGGCACAGUCGGCCUCUGCGCUGCGGGCGUGUGCGGUGAGCCUGCUGACGGUUGCCCUGGGGGGGGACACCCUGGCCGCGCAGUACCUCCUGCUCACGCUCCUCUCCAAGGUCACGGGCCGCGCUGAGCCGAUGGCCGUCGGCAAGCUGGCCCUCAACCUGGUGGGCUGCCCCGCCGCCUCCCCGCCUGGCGCCUCCCCCCUGGCCUCUGUGCUGCGCAGCGCCCUCCCCGCCCUGGUCCCCGCGUGCCACCUGCUGCCGCUGUCGCUGGACCUGCUCAACCGGGCCCCCCUGGUGCCCAGGAAGGACUACACGCUCAACAGGCUGGUGGCGGCCCCGCUGCAGCUGGCGGCGGGCACGGUGCUGGUGGUGGACGAGACCGCGCUGCAGCCGGGCACCGCCUCCGCCACCGGCGUGCGCAACCUGCAGGCACUGCAGCACCUCGUCGAGUGGCAAAAGCUGGAGUACGACUUCCAGUGGUACACCGUGGACGUGCUCACGGACGUCCCCGUGCUCGCGCUCUCCGAGGCGCGCUCCCUCCUGCCCGCCGAUGUCACCCUCCCCUUGCGCCAAACCCGCACUGCCACGUGGGCGCCGCUGCCGGACGCCGAGCUGGUGGCGCUGCGGCGCUACCUGGGCCUGGCGCGCCAGCUGGAGCACACCAUUGGGGAGGCCACAACCAAGGCCAUUGAGGACGACCUGGUGGCGGCCAGGAAGGGCGACCCCUCGCUGACGUCGCAGGAUUUCCACAGGUGGUUGACCUUGGCGAGAUUGACAUCGGUCAGCUACGGAGAGUCGUCACUCAGCAUGUCUCGGUGGGAGAGCGUCCGAGAAAUGGAGCGGUUGCGGCUCGACCGACUGCGCUGUGUCUGAGACGCGACUUAGCGCAGCACCCUCCUCGCAAUCAGCACAGACCAUCAGGGCAAAAAGACCGAGGGGUUGGGAGUAGCAGCGCUCAGGUUGCUGCAGCGCAAGGACCAUUCUUGCAAUACCAAUUGCUAGCUCUCUUACAACGAAGUUUGAAUCUCACAUUUCCGAGAGCGAAUUGGUAGAGGCAAUUCCGGUUUGAUCGGGCAAUUUCCGCGUGCCGUCUCUUUUUGUGCACGCAUCUUCAACGUUCGAUCAGCCAAUGGUACGGUAAGGUACCAUCUAAAGUUCAUGACAUGUAUGCG